AAUGGACUGAUAAUGAACUGAUGAAUCAGUGACAUUGCAAAUGAGAGGGAUUUACAAAAUGCGGAAGUAAACAGUACUGUUGUGUUAAAAUUACGAUGGAAUUAAAUACAUGGAAUAAAUCUUGUCAUAAAUAUGGAGUUGCUGUGGUAAACUACAAUCCCAUCAGACCAGAGUUUCUACCUUUAUCAGUAGGUGAUGUUGUUCAUAUUAUUGAGGAGUAUGGAUCUGGAAACACAGGAUGGUUUAGAGGACAUUUACUUUCAAACAGAAACCAGGUGGGAAUAUUUCCAAAGAUGUAUAUACAUACCAAAGACUGUGAUGUAGAAAAUCCAGGACAAUAUGAGACAGUGAAAUCAAAGGAAGAUUCAAUGGCGAUGGAGUUGACAUUUACACUCAGAGAGUGGUGGGUGGCAUGGAAACAUUCAUUUCUUAGACAGGGACAAACUAUAGUUCUGACUCAAAUUUACCAUACAAUGAAUGAAUUAAUUCUUUUACGAGGAAAACUAAUGAGUAACAUGUUAACGGAAGAUAGUAUGGUAGAACUGAAAGAAGAAAUAGCUGAUAUUGUAGAUUGGGGAAAUGGACAAUUGGGAAUGGACUUAAUACCAAGAGUUGAUGGAGAACAGGUGGAUGUUGAUAGAUGUAGUAUUGUCAGGUUAUACAGGGUUCACUUACAAAGUGCAGAAAAUGCCAAAUCUUCACAGCCAAAAUACUCUAAGAAAAGACACAAAUCAGUUUCUGUCAAUACUCCUAAAGAUACAGAUAUUGUUUUUAAUGUUUUGGUGAAUUUGAAAGUAUCUCAGUGUAAUGUUGGUGAUGAAUCUCAAAUAGUGAUGAGUGUUUAUGAUAACAGAGAUCAGAAAUUUGUAAGUGAACAGUUUAUAAUUAGAAUGAACAAAAAUGGUGCUCCUAUGAAACCAGAAAAACUUGAUAAUUGUUUUGGUCUUUUUACUGAAUUACCACUAGAUGAAUAUCAGAAGUAUUUGUAUAUAGUUGUUAGAAUUUAUAGAAUUGGUCGGAUGUUUUCUGACAGUUCUAAGAAGUCUCCCACACGCCCAUACAGAAGACCCUUUGGUGUAGGAGUAUUAAGUAUAGAGGAGGUUAAGAAUGGGAUGAACGAGGAUUCCUGUGUUUGUUCAAUUAAUAUAUCAUGUUGUAUAGAAAAUGAGGGAACUUUUCCAGAACUACAUAAAGAUCUGAUUAAAAAAUUGUCCAAUCCAGGUGUUUCUUCUGGUGUCGGUGCUAAUAUAGGUAGUAGUACAAAGUUAGGUAGCAGUUCAGCACUUAGUAAAGCAGGAGGUAAUGUGGGAAUGUCCUUGACCUUUGAUGUGUCUGUCUAUGAUGGUGACCUACAGGCAGUAAAAACAGAUUACCCGGUGCUGUUUACAAAAGAUAUCACUAUUAUACCUAAGCUCAGUCAGUUUGAUGUCAUUAACCCAGGGGAAGUAAGAAAUGACAUUUAUUUGACCUUGUCAGAAGCUCAGUUUGAAAGAGGAAAUAAGAAAUCUCAAAAGAAUGUUGAAGUUGUUGUAACAGUUUAUAAUUCUAAAGGAAAAGUAGUGGAGAAGUGUAUACACCAUGGUUGCGGAGAAGAUCCACUAAUUCAUUUUCCGUCCUGUGUAUUUUACCAUGACAACUAUCCAAAAUGGCAAGAAACAAUUAAGAUCUCAUUACCAAUGGAUGAACUUCCUGGAUCUCACAUUAGAUUUGAUGUUUACCAUUGUCAAGCCAGAAACAGAGCAGAAAAGAAACUUUAUGGUUUUGCUUUUAUGAGAGUUACUAAUAAUUUACAAAUUGUUAUCAAAGAUGGAUCUCAUAAUCUUUGUAUAUUUAAGUGUGAAGAUGAAAAGAAGAUCAAAUUUGAGAAAUAUUGCAAAAUACCAUUUCUGGCAGAAGAUUAUGGCGAGACCACUAAACAGUCAUCUGCACAGUCGCCUACAUCAGCACCUUAUGACAGACAUCAGCGAGAACAUAUAGGAAUUAGAACUCUUUUAUGUUCUACAAAGUUUACACAAACAUCUGAGCUCCUUGGUGUGUUAAACUGGAGAGAAGAAAAAAGUCAUAUAGAUAAAAAUCUGAAUGAACUGAUGAGUGUACAAGGCACUGAAGUGAUGAAGUUUUUACAGAACAUUAUGGACCGUUUAUUAGAGAUGCUGGAUGAUGGAUGUACAAACAAAGCUCCUUAUUGUUCCAAAGUCUUCCAAGUUAUUGUAUUUAUAUUGAAUUUAUUAUUGGACACAAGAUUUGAGAAUUUUAGACCAGUUUAUGAGGACUACUUAGCAAAGACCUUUUCUUUUCCUAAUGUUUACAAACAUUUAAUGAACCAGUUUGCCUUUGGUAUAGAACAAUUCUGUGAAGGGAAAGCGUUCACUUUGUCAAUGGCAAUGAAGGUACUUGGAGAACUAAUGAGACUUAUAACAAGAUCAAGACAGUUAGAAAAGGAAAGUCCUUUUAAUGACAGAGAAAAGGAAAAAGAAUUUAGAAUAAAACUUCAGCACCUGUUUGAAAAAAUGGGACGACUACUUUCACAACAGGAUGAAAAGCUUAAAAUUUCUCAGAUGGAACUAUUAUCAAAUCUACAUAAAUGCUAUGAACCACUGAUGGAGUUGAUAACCAAAAGAGAAUUAGCAGACCAAGUCCGAGAUGUGAUCACACAUUUACCUAAGGCCAAAGAUUUACCUGUUGAAAUUAGAAGGACCAAGAUGGAAUUUAUACAGAAAACUGUUAACUCUGAUCUGUUUAGAGAUGAUGAAUCUCGGAGUACUUUAUUAUCCUUAUGUUUGAACCAUAUAAAGGCAUGUCUGAUAGAGCGAUAUUUCCUCGACAUACAAAUAGCUACUUCAAUACUUGGAGAUAUUCUGGAGAUUUUUUUUAACUUGAAAGAGACCAAAAGAUUAUGUCCUCCACAUGUUCAGGUGAAGAGUAUUUCCCAGGAUAUCAAUACAUUGGCUCUAUCCCUGUUUGAAGUACUUAUACAGAGUAUAUCAAGGAUAGCUGAUGGAGAAUUUAUAUCAAAUCCACAAAGUUAUCCUCAAGUUAUGCUUCGAAAACCAACUAUGUCAGAAAAUAGUAGUCCAUGUUCUACCUUGGAUAGAAAAAGUAGACGAAGUCGAACUCUGUUUCAGGGAGUUAGUCGACCUUCUUCUGAAGUUAUAACAACCAAAGAUGAUACACCUAAAUUUCUUCCAGAAGAAGAUAAAAGUAAGACAUUGCCAGCAAAAUCACCACGACGUUUAACCAUACAACUGUUGCCAUCACAGCUUCAAAGUCUACCAUUUAAUGAUGAUCCACAAGCAUACUGUGGUGAGAUGGUAGCUUGUCUGACAGAACUUUUACGUCUGAUGGAAGAAACUCAUUAUACAGCUGUAAUACAGAUACAUCCCAAAGGACCACCUUUAAAAGAUUUCUUAACUCAGGUUUUACAUACAUUCCUAGAAUUACUCAAACCAGAAAUGUUAUCUGCAGAUUGGACCAUAAUGAGAAUGGAGACCAAUAAUGUGAUAUUUUCUGCUGUUGAAUAUUUCUCCCAAGCUUUAAAGAACCAGUUCCUUGAAGGAGAGUACUUUGACCAACAUUUAUGGAACCUUUACUUCAGACUUGCAGUGGACUUUAUAACACAACCCAGUCUUCAGUUAGAGGAAUAUUCAGAAAGUAAAAGAAAUAAGUUUAUUGAAAGGUACCAUGAUAUGAGAAUAAUGAUGGGACAUCAGAUACAGACAUUGUGGGAAAAAUUAGGGACCAAUAGAAGACAUUUCAUUCCAUCCAUGAUUGGACCAUUCCUCAAAGUGACUUUGGUACCAGAAAAAGAACUCAGGGCAGCAACUCUUCCAAUGUUUUAUGAUAUGAUACAAUGUGAACAGAAAACCAGUGGACAUUUUAUUUUGGUUGAAAGAGAGAUUAUAGAGAAGUUAGACCAGUUCAUUACCAUGGACAACCAAGGAGACGAUGAAUAUAAACAAUUGUUCAAUUCAAUACUUUUGGAUCGUGUCCAGUCAGAGCCAGCUUUGAAGGAAACUGGUUCUCAGUUUAUUGUAUCUGUUACUAAUCUGCUGGAAAAGUUACUAGACUAUCGACAAAAUUAUGAUGGAGAAGAAAAUAGAGACAAACGUAUGCAGUGUACGUUCAAUAUACUUAAUUUCUACCGGGACAACAAAGACAAGCGGCGAGAAAUGUACACACAAUAUAUUAAGAAAUUGUACGACCUUCAUAACUCAUCCAGAAAUUACGUAGAGGCAGGACUAACACUUCAGUUGUACGUACAAUUAUUGGAAUGGAAAAGUGAUGAGAUCCACAGUGAAAUGGGAUUUCAUCCAGAACCACAGUGUGAUAGGAAAGAAAAAUUACUGAAGGAAAUUAUUGAAUGUUUUGAUAAAGGAAAGUUAUGGGAGUAUGGUAUACCAGUUUGCAAAGAUUUAGCGAGUUACUAUGAGAGUAGGUUGAUGUACAGAAAAUUGAGUGAAAUAUUACAAAGAGAAGCAUCCUUUUUCACCAAGAUUUUGGAUGGUGUACAAGUAAAUGAAACUGGAACCUCUAGCCAGGAACAACCAAAGUUUUAUCCAAGACAACAAUCAGCAUACUUUAGAGUGGCAUAUUAUGGAAUGUCUUUUCCUCCAUUUGUGCAGAAUAAAGCAUUUAUCUAUAGAGGGGACGAAUGUCUGAAACUUCAGGACAUCAUUAAUCAGUUGACGCAAGAGUUCCCGUCAGCAGAAAUACUAAAGACCAACAAUCCUGUGGAAGAAAGUAAAAAAUACGGAGAAGCACAAUAUAUACAAAUAAGUGGUGUAAAACCUGUACCUGAUCCAAAGAAUGCCUACUCCUCAGACCAGAAAGUACCAAGAGAAGUGGAAAAGUUUUACGAAAGUAAUGAUGUAGACACAUUUCAGAUGGACAGAUCAUAUCACCAGGGAAAGAAAGAUAGAGAUAAUGAAUUCAAAACAUUGUGUACAGAAAGAACUGUGAUGAAAACAAACCAUAAAUUUCCUGGAAUAUUACAAUGGUAUGAAGUAAUUCAGAGUGAAACAAAAAUAUUUAGUCCUGUUUUGACUGCUAUAAAUGCUGUUAACAGUGCCUGUCAAGAGUUACAGGUCAGCAUAGAAACUUCUCGUAGAAGCUGUAGUGACAACAACAUGAAGGAUUUAUCCAGACAACUUAAUGGCAUGAUAACAGCUCAAGUACAGGGAGGCAUACCAAAAUAUCAGGAGGCAUUUUUCUCUGAAGAAGUUACAAGGUUACAUCCAUCAGAAAGUGACAAUGUUCAAAUUUUGAAAGAUCAGAUAAACUUACAGAUAAGCUUGUUGGACCAAGGACUUGCUGUAAUGAAGAAAGAUAACAGUGAACACUUGGUCAUGUUAGUCCAAAGUUUGGAUGAAGAACUCAAAAAACUAAUGAAGAAAGUUGGCUAUAGAAAAGAAAAGAGAGCUGCUGUGCAUAGUGAAUUAAAGAAGUGGGACUCUGGGAUGGGAAGUUUUAUAGAUCCCAGACCAGGAACACCAAAUUCUCAACAUUCAAGUGGAAGUAACAGAUCAUCAGUGAUAUCAUCAGAUUCUAGAUCAAAUGACCGUGAUGAUCUGAUAGAUCUCACUUCUACGGAUAUACCAAUACUUAUUACCUCCCCUACCACGGUGGACAGACGGAGGUACAGUCAUCACUUUCCUUCUCGGAAUCUGUCACUUCAUCAUCGUAGCAGACCUCUGUCUCUGCAGUUUAGCGAUCAUCUUGUCAUUAAGGCUGAAAGUCCACAAAGUAAACCAACACAUAUUGAGUCACCUAAACCAAAGGUUCCAGCCAAGGGUAAUGUGUCCAUAGAUACUUCUGCUAUUAAACACUUGAGGACAAAAUCUGUAGCAUAUACCAGGAAACCUCCUAUUCCAGAGAGAAAAAGAUCAGAUCCUUUUCCAGCAAGUGUGCCACGACCCUUCCCAGGUCCAGAUGGAUCUAGCAUCAUUGAGGAAGAUACAGUACCUAAUUUACCUGUUAAGCAUAGUACAUCAAAGGUCAGAAUGUUAACAAACAGACAGACAGUUAACUUUCCAAAAGUGGAUAGUUCAAAAACAAAUAAGACUAUUUCUCAGUCUUAUGAAAACACUUUGUUGAACUUAGAGAAAACAGAUGAUGGAUUUUCUAAAUCAAAUUCUCCUGUGCCACCUCUUCCUCCUAGAAGAUCAGUGCUAAUACGUAAUACUGUGGCUCUGGAUUAUACUGACAAAUCUUCACCUAGACAUUCUAACAGUUCAGAAGAAACAGAAUUCUAUCCUGGAACAAGUCCAAGAUCUGGACCUCCUCCUAUUCCGUCUCAUUCCUCCAGCAGAAUGCCAGCAAUACCAAGUGGAAGAAUUCCAUCAAACAGUGAGCCUGCCAAUAGUAACUAUAACAACUGCAAUCCUUGUCGACCAUCAGUUAUAAAUCAAAUUAAUGUUGUGAAUGGUAACAAACAAUCAGAUUCACGGACUAGUACUAUAAGUGAUAGUGGGUCACAUGAUAGCGUGUUUUUAAGUAACGAGCCUCCUCCACCUAUUCCUCAAAGACCAACCAGACUGUCAACAUCAUCACAAUCAUCUAAUGCUUCAUCCGGUACAACACAUACAAACCAAGAAUUAGAAUCAUCCAGUCUUUAAAGUUUUUGAAAUUACUAACUUAUAUUUUUUUUUCAUUUUGUAAUAUUGGUACAUGUAUAGUGUAAAAUCAUGAUUGCCACAUAUUUUAACUAUAAAUUCAUUAUAUUAUCCCGGUAUUGGCCUGUUCAUGGAAGUUUCACUGUAUUCUAGAAUGAAAAAACUGUUCAUCCUUAUAAACCUAUAUACACAUAAUUCCAUUUAUCGAUUUAAUCUACUAACUUAGAUGAACUAUUGUGUGAACAGGUCCUUUAGAAAAUGAUGUCUGUUUUUACUUGUUAGUUGUAUGAGAAUGUAAAGGUUGAUCAGUAAUUGGAAAUGAACUUUCAUUUUCUUCUAUUUUAUGCCAAAAAAUGUUUUAUUGAAACGAAUAGGCAAGUUGGUGCUAUAAAUGAUCUUUUUUUAUUAUUAUAUUUAUCUAUUGAUAAAUUGGAAUCGGCUUUAAUGAUAAUUUAAAAAAUUAGAAAACCAAUAAGAAUCUUCCAUUUAGUACCAGGUGCUUAUGUAUUACAGUAUACAUGUUUUUAGAUUUGAUGUAUGCAAAUUAUUAAUCUCAUUCAGAAUCUCACAUUUAAUGUAAGAUGACCAACAGGUUGUCACGUCCAUUGCUGAAAUUUGCUUUAUACAUUUAUCAAGUUUUAUGAAACAUUGUUUAGGUCAAAAACUUGUGGAAUCCAGUACCAGAGGUCUUGAAAAAAAUCUUUGUUGAAAGAGAUUGAUAAAAAUAUUUCACUUUGAACUCUUUUUGAUGCAUAGUGACUUAUUACCUAUUCAAAGUUAAGAUCAAAAUAGGACAAAAUAUAUGUCAACCUCGAAAAGAAUAUCUUCAGAACUACAAGGUAAAGAGGACUACUAUUGUAGCCACAUCCUCAAAGUCUUCAUAAAUUUAAAUGUCUGUUUUGCAUUGCAAUGUGAACGAGUGUUAUAUAGUUCUAUUGUACUACUAGACUCUAUUGGACAUUCACUUGCCUUUUUAAUGAUGCUGGAUUCCUGUUACUUUAUAGGUUAUGGUCCAGAUCUUAGUAAUUGACAAACUGCUUCAUAUAACACGUUGACUCUGACUUUGUUUAUAGUUUGAUUUCUGUCAGAGUCUUAUCUGAAUGAGUGCUUCGUUUCUGUUAUUUAGUAUAACAUUCCUGACAUGACAGUCAAUGUUGUUAAUGUAUUUUUUUGUGUAUUAUUGAUGUAUAUUAUUAUUGUAUUGUUUUUUUGGUUUUUGUUUAUGUAUUUUAUAUAUGUAUAUAUUGUUAACAUUUUUUUUAAAUACUGCUGAAAGGUAGAACAUUUCAUUUAAUUCAAAAUCUCAUUAAAAUCAAUUAAAGUAACAGAUAACUAUUGAAAACGGGAAGUAUAUAAGUACAGUAUUUAUUUAAAAAAUAGCAGGGUUAUUCUUAAAAGACAUAAUUAUGGCAAGCCAUUUUACUAUUUAUUCGAAUUAUUUAAUUUCAUUUUAAUGAUAUAUCUUAUAUAUUAUAUAAGAUAUAUUAUAUACUUUAUAAGAUAUCUUCUAAAGUUUAUAAGAUAUCUUCUAAAGUUUAAAAGAUAUCUUAUAAAGUAUAUGAGAUAUCUUAUAAAGACAAUUAUAUAAGAUAUCUGAUAAAUUAUAUGAGAUAUCUUAUAAACUAUAUGAGAUAUCUUAUAAACUAUAUAAGAUAUCUUAUAAACUAUAUAAGAUAUCUUAUAAAAUUUAUGAGAUAUCUUGAAGUAAGAAUAAAUAGUAAAACGGCUUGCCAUACAUAAUGUUAAAUUCCUUCUCUAAUUUUAUGUUGAGGCGGUAUAAAAUAUCUUUUCUGCAGAUCAUUGUGGCCUAAAAUGAUAGAGGAUAGCAAUUGUAUUUUAUUUGUUUUUGCACAAUACAAAUAAACAAGCUAUAUCUUUUGCAAUCUCAUUAUGUCGAUUCAUUAUUUUUCGUUGGAUACCAAUUUUCAUGGCUUUUUUGGGAACAGGUGAACAACGAAUUUAAAUGUUCAAGGAAUAACAAAUUUUCCAUAGGCUUAUAUGCAGUCUCUGCAAAACCACAAAACAUGCAAGUGUUCCGUAAUCCAGGAAAAUAAAUGAAUCCACAGUAUACAGAAAAAUAGGGGGGGUGCUUUUUUAGUAAGAAGAAAAGGAAUUUUAGAUUAACAUAUUUUAAUUUUUUUCUAUUUAUGUAAGUGUGCAUGUUUUUGAAACCAUUGUUUACCAACUUUUGUUAAAGAAAGUGAACAUUUUAUGAAAGGAAGUGUACUUUAAACACCCAUGACGAGUUGGUGUGAAACUUUGUUGUUGUUUUUAUAUAGAAUAUGGUCAGAUUAUCAAAGAAUGUCACAAUUAUUAUCCUAUAAUGAAAAAAAUGAUUUGUAUAGGACUUUUUAUGAUGAGCUUUAAAGUGCAUAUUUGAAUAAUCAAAGAAAUUGAAUAAAGGUAUAUUAGCAUAUUUAAAAUAUACUCAUUUACAUAAUUUUUGUACUGGUAGCUAAAGAUAAAUAUAUUGAUAUAUUUGUGAGAAUAGCAACAGAAUUUUUAAAUUGAUAAUUUUCCAUGAUUUUUUUUUUCAAGAUUGCUAUGUAUUAAGGUUGUUUUGAAGAUUUUGCUUUUGGAAGCAGCUCUGAGUAAGAAUGAAAUAUUUACAUGUUCUCACUGGAAUUAAUUAAGUAUGUUAAAAUGUGACGAGGUUUUCUUAUUUUUAAAAUUCAUACAAAGAACACAGUAAACUACUGUAUUUUUUUAAAACUGUUUAAAAAAAAAAUGUUAAACUGACCAUUUAAAAAAUAUCUACCUUGCCUUGAUGAUCACUGCGGCUUCAUUAUAGUUUCAAUUUUAAAUAAAUGCUUAAGAGAAUGGUUUUACUGCAAAAUAUUUUCAGAAUGAUUUUAUUUUACAAAAUUCUUUAAUCUUUACAAACAAUGAACUAGGCCGAUUUGGAUGUUUGAGAUAUUUUUGUGUACUGAAAUUACAAGUGAAAAAUAUGUUUUGUAAACCAAUAUGAGCCUUGAAAAUAAUCAUAGUCUAUUAUUUGCUUAGAUAUUUUUUUAAGUUUACAAGUGAAUGAAACAAAACCUUCUUUUUAUAUUAUACAUGAUUGAAAAAGAUGAAAUGUAUUUUUAUUCAUCUGCUAUAGCAAAAAUAAAUUUGAAUGAAUUGAAAUGUAAUGAAAUGAAAAUGUAGAUUUGAAUAAACUGGAGUAUACAUAUAAAUGUGACUAAAUUGUAAAUAGGUUUUACAUAUGUACAGGUUUAUUUAUUCAGAUAACAUGUAUUUAUGCAUAAUAUAAGAAUGAGAGAGUCAUGAUGUCUUAUGGUGGACAAUAAAUUGUUGAAAACUU